GAGGCCUUAGCACUCAACAAUCAGCAAUUCCUUACUAUAAUCAAAGUACUUGAAACACUUGAGUUGUGUGUAAAAUUUUAGUAUUUUCCUCUACUUGAUCGAUAUGGCUACCUCUAUGUCCCUUAAGCUUGCAUGUGUUGUGGUUUUGUGCUUGGUUAUGGGUGCACCCUUGGCUCAGGGGGCCAUAACAUGUGGUCAGGUCACAACCUCUCUAGCACCAUGCAUUAGUUACUUGAGAAGCAACGGUGCUUCCCCUGUGCCUGGACCUUGCUGCAAUGGAAUCAAAGCUCUUAACUCUGCCGCCCAAACUACACCAGACCGACAAACGGCUUGCAACUGCAUCAAAGCUGCUUCUACCACCAUAUCAGGCAUCAACUAUGCUCUCGCUAGUGGACUCCCAGGCAAGUGCGGCGUGAGCAUCCCUUACCAGAUCAGCCCCAGCACUGACUGCAAAAGCGUGAAGUGAAGUUCGUCCGAGGAAGGUUUUCAUGUAUGGAAGAGAAAUUAUAAUGGAGAAUAAAAAUGGAUCCUAAAAAUCCAUUUGUGUAUUACUCUUUGUAAGAGUUUCCUAGUUUUGGAGUUUUACGCCGUGUACGAGGUCCCUUUAUGCGACCAUAUAUAUUUUCUCUAUCUACUUAUUAAUAUUAAUAUCACUUAUUUAUU